AUGGAAUUUCCAUUUAAUCCAUUGAUUAAUUAUUUAUUAACAAAUAGAAAAAAUAAUAAUAAUAAUAAUAAUAAUAAUAAUAAUAAUAAUAAUAAUAAUAAUAAAAAUAAUAAUAAUAAAAAUUUUGAAAUUAAAAAUUAUUAUUACAAUUUUAAUGAAAUUUUAAAAUUAUCAUUAGUAUCAAAAGAUUGGUUUAAUAUAAUUUCAAAUUUAAUUGGUAAUAAUAUUAUUGAUAAUAAUAUUUUAGAAUAUUGGAUUAAUGGUAUUAUUGAUGGUUCAGAUAUAAGUUCACCACCACCAGUUAAAGCUGAAUUUAUAACAUAUGAUUUUAAAAAGAAAAAUUCAAAAGGUGAUGAUAUCGAUAUAAAAUUUAAUAUGAAAAUUAAUAAAGAAUUUUCAAUUAUUAAAAUUGAUAAAAAUAUUGUAAAAGAUUAUUUUAAAAAUCAAGUUUUAUGUUUAGAUUGUUUAUUAUAUGAUUAUCUAAUUGAACUUGCCGAAUUGGAAAAUCAAGGUAAACUACAUUACAGAAAGAUUCUAAUUAAAAUGGAUUACUUUUAUAGUGAUUUUUAUGAUUUGUAUUUUGAGGGUGGGAAUCCAAAUAGCAAGUUAAUUAAAAAAGGUGGAUUGGUAGAUUUAACUACACCAUCAUCACCAUCAUCAUCAUCUGAUAGUAGUAAUUGUAUUAUUGAAUUUACAUUACACGAUUUAAUUACCAUGGAUGAUAUUGAUGAUGGAUUUUGUGCGGUGUAUUACCAUGGUGGGGAUGAAAAGAAAUUAAAUAUUAAUAAUAUCAGUUAUUUCGGGUCACAUCAAGAUUACGAUUAUAAAGUUUUUCAAAAAGUUUUAAAAAACAUUACAUCAAAAAAUAUUAAAUUUAAUAUUGGAAAUGAUGAUGAAGAUACUCAUGCAGAUUUUUCAGAUUUUUUCAAUAGUCAACUUAAUGGACAAGUCGAGUCAAUUAAAAUCUAUUCAGAUUUCGUUGAACCAUUUCAUCUAUUAAAUGUAAAUCAAUUAAAUAAUUUACAUACACUUUCAAUACCAAUCCAUUUUCAUGAAAUCAUUGGUAUGUUAUUAGAAUUUAAUGAAGAUUCACAAUUACAAUGUAGAAAUAAUGAAAUAUUAUCAAAACACCAGGAUAGCAUAAUCAAAGAUUGGGAAUCAAUGAUUGAAUCUUUAAAAUCAUGUAGACCCUUAAAAAAUUUAGAAAUUUCAAAUCCAUGUUUUGACUCUCACUGUAUCUAUAAUUUCAUGAAAGAAUCACUUGAUUACAAAAAUAAAGAUACCACCCCCCAUGAUGAUGACAAUGAAGAUGAAAAAGAAAAUGAAGAUGAAAAUGAGGAUUUAAAAAAUUGUUUAUAUUAUUUAAAAAUGUUUUCAAAUGGUAUUAAAUCAUUAUUAUCUUCAUCAUCGUUGGAAUAUUUUAAAAUUAAAAAUUGUGGUAUUGUAAUUUGUAAUGACACAUUCUCUGAAUUAUCUAAUAAUAAAUCAAUUAAAACUUUAGUAUUGGAUGACGAAUUUUCAUCGUGCAAACAAAUGAAUGAUGGUGAUGAAUUUUAUGAAAUCCAUUAUUUUAAUAUUAUUCAAUAUUUAUUUGAAAAUAUAUUCAAUUCACCAAAUUCAAAUAUCAGACACUUUAAAUUCUCAUCAAAAUAUUCAAAUUCAUUACAACCAAUAUUUAAAUCAAUUUUAAAUAAUUUGAAUACAAUUCAAUUAUAUUCAAUAACAAUAAAAAUUACUCAAAAUAUUUUAGAAUCAACUUUAGAUGAAAUUAUUAAUCUUUCAUAUAAAUUCAAGGAAAAUCAAAAACAACGACAACAUAAGAACUUAUGUGAAUUUAAAAUAAGUGUGAUUAAUUCAAAAACUAAAAAAUCUGAAAAAGAUAAUUCAAAAACUGAUAAAUCAAAAAAAUAUCAAUCAUUAUUAAAUGAUAAAAUUAAUGGAAAUUCUUGCCAUUUCUCUAUUUCCGUUUUAAGCUACUCAAACAAUGAUUUCUAA